GAAAAUCAAUUUUUAACAUAUGUUAAAAUAUGGCAUACUUAAAUCAGGGGCGAAAGUCUCCGAUUUUGGGAUCAUCGUUUCUCUGUGUGUUUUUGGUCAAGUGUUUAUUUACGAGAUGUUCAUUCGGAGCUGAGGUGUUUUCAAUAAGCCCUCCGUACGGAAGCUUGUGUGGAGAAACAAAAAUGUUGAUCAGUGGAACAGGAUUCUCCCAAAACAAAUUAUCAGAGGGGAACCAAGUCCAACUGGUUUCCUUGGCUACUUCGUAUGACUGUCCGGUCAGCAAAGAUGGAACCAUGGAGUCCAUGAUAAUGUGUUACACAGUUCCUGGCAUGAAGGAGGGUGUGUACUAUGUCAGAGUGAUAGUGGACGGUGUGCCCAUCCCUGAUGAAAACAUGUGUCAACCUGAGGGUCCCUACAGCGAUAAAUGUAGAUUUGAGGUGCGAAAACAGAACACCCCCCUAAUACAGAGUGUCUCGCCCACAUCCUUUUCCCCUGGACCGGAGUCAGUAAUAGCUUUAGGGGGGAUGAUAUUCACAGACAGAUAUGGGACCAACGUAGCGGCAAGCUCUAAUGGAAAGGAGGAGACAGUGAACCGAGUUUAUGCUGGACCGCUGACGUGUGAACUCAGGAAGACUGACGAUGAACUUUAUGAACUUCAACUAGAUUCUCCAAGUUCUAAUAUGGGUCAAAUAAAGUGUAGAUACCAGGGAACUUAUAUUGGUAACUCCAAUGCAAGUUUUAUAAUUGGUGAUGGGCCAUAUGGAAGAUCUUGCCGCCAACUGGAUACACUGUUGGUCAGUAUCAACAAACAGAUAUAUCAGUUCCAGACCUUCCCGGAGAUAACAGGGGUGACCCCUUCCUCUGGGAGCACUGAUGGGGGGACAGACCUAACUAUUGCCGGAAAUUAUUUUACUGGAAAAAAGAAGAACAUUAAAGUCUAUAUUGCAGGUGAGGAGUGUAAGGUAACAUCAGUGACCAGUACAGAAAUACAGUGUACCUCACCCCCUCAGCCAGCAGAGCUACCCACACACUUUUGUGGUAACAGGGGUCUGCUUUUGGAGGUCUGGACCAGUGGUACCAAACUCUAUACAGAACUUGCAGACAUUGAGACAUUCACCAGUUCUGACAUAGGCUACAGCGAACAAAUAAUCGGCCAAUCUUCCUUCAGUCAUCCAGAAACCAAUUAUGUCUCUCGAACUCGGGGCUCUUUCAUAGCGCCUUACUCGGGGGAAUAUUUGUUUAUGAUUAAAUCAGCAGAUGCCUCUAGCCUGAGACUGAGUACGGACGGUGAUCCAGCAAACAAGGUAGAAAUUGCAAAGUGUGAGAGCACCUGUCCAGAAUAUGGGUCAUCUCCCUCUCAGACCUCGGUCAGAGUAGUACUGGCUGAGAGUCAGAAAUAUUACAUGGAGGUAUUGCACUCGUAUGGAUCUAGUGGUAGUCCACUGGUUCAGGUGGCAGCCCGCUACUUUGAUACAGAAUUGACCAAUCAGAGCACAGGAAUUGUCAAUAUGGAACAUCAGCUAGUGAAGGUGACGUCCACUGUUGUCAGAGAGGUACAGAAGGUAAAGAUUGAGGUAGUGCCAAUAGUUGGAAGUCAACGUAAUGAAUAUCAGAUCAUAGAGGUCACAGAACUAAGUGGUGGAACGUCUGAUGCCACAUACAGACUUGGCCUCUAUGGUGUCUACACAGAGCCCUUCACCUCUACGUCUACAAGCACAGAUUUUAGGCGUGCUUUUGAGAACCUCCCCUGGUACAUUAAUGGUUUGGACACUGUCGGUGUACAGAUAACCCAUUCGACCUCUGCUGAGGUCAAGGUCACCAUAGAAAUCCAAUUCUUCACAGGCAGAGGAGAUAUUCCUACCCUAGAGUUUUUGCAAGCGGAUGGCUCUCAGGGGGAAAAGUUAGAGAUUCAAAUCAGAGAGAUGGUCAAGGGUAUCCCAUCACCAUACACAUUUGCAAUGCAAAUGGAAGGAAUCAUUUCUCCAUUGAUUACCCCCUCAGAUGAUGUAAACGCUUUAAUACGCAAGAUAGAUGAGAUGUUUACCACAAGAUGUCCAAAGUUCCUUGGACAGACAGGAUUUUUCCAUCAAAGCUUUGAGACAAAUGAAGGAAAUAGUGGGGGUGAAUGGAUGAACGACCGCGAGGCUUUCUGUGGACGCGGUCUCGUCAAAAAUCCAACGUAUUUGUACUUGGAUAAUGGUGGAUUCAAUCUCCAAGGAACAGUGAAUACUAUUUGUUUUGGUUACCAUGGAGCCAUACAGGACACUCUGACCUUCAAAUACACUUACAUGGAUGAAACAAUGACCUUGAUUGAAAAUAAUUAUAAAUCCUUCACUAUCAGCAUAGGCGAGGAAUCAGAUGAGUGGAAAUACACUUGCUUUGACAUACUGUCAGCUUUGAGUAGCUUUACAAGUAAUGGGCAGAGCUUCAAAAUACAGUACAUCGAAUUAAGUAGAGCAGGGGAUGUAUUUGUAGAUGAAGUAUACAUCGGCCAGGGGCCAAGCACACUGGAUCAGGAGAAUGUCAAUUUAUUGCGAAUGAAGCCAGUGAUGCCCAAUGGACAUCGGAUACACUACACCCAGGGAGCAGACACCACCGUUCCACCAGUAUACAGUGUGGAUAUCACUUUCUUCCCUCUGGAGUGUGGCCAUGACUUUCCAUUGUUAAGUGUUGUCCCUGAACAGACUAAUGCCCUGAAAGUAGAAGUGGAGCGACUGAGUGCAGCCUCACCCCCCGUCACAGGGACUUUCACCUUGACCUUUGAAGGACAAGAGUCUGUGGCAAUAUCUCGCAGUGUGGCGGGGGAGGAGCUGAAGGAGAUCCUGAUGACGAGUGUACCCAACAUGGGAGAAGUCUACACCUACAGACACGGCGACUGUGCGAACUUUGACCUCAGUAUAGCAUUCUUGUCCAGACCAGGUGACCUUGAAACAAUUCAGUUUUCCAGCCAGCUGUCUGGGAAUGAAGUUUCGAUGACAGUAGAAACUGUGGCUGACGGCAGCUUGACCUUAGAUCCAAUUCAGGGGGACAUGUUGUGUAGCUACAGUAGCUCCCCUCAGGUGACUGUCUUUGUGAAUGACAUACCUGCUCGCUGUAGCGCAUCCUCUCUCUCCACUGGCUGCUCUUUUAACUGGAUACCCACAAGUACCCCAAUCAUCAAUAGCUGCUCUACCACUGGAUCUGACAUUGUCAUAACAGGAAGUGGACUUUCAGCGAAUGUAGAAGACAUCACAGUGAAAAUUAAGAGUGCAGAUUGUACUGUAAUUGCUGCCUCUGAAACAGAAAUAACCUGCACUCCCUCACCACAAACACCACCAGGGAAUCGUAAGAUAUACGUCUAUAUAGCAGGCAAAGGAAAAGCGUCCUUGGCAGAUGGAGCGUCCUGUAGAUACUUUUCAGUUUCGAAAAAGAUCAAAGUUUAGAUUUUAAAAAAGUGACGUGGUGUAGCACCUUAUAAUUGUUUUUCUAUGGAAAAUUUACUUUAACAAGGUUCCAUCAUAUCAUAUCUUAUUAAAUGAGUAAAUUUGGAAAAAGUCAAAUGUAAUAAAAUAAUCGUUUUUAUGAGUGCAAUAAUUGUUUUUUUUUG